AUGACUGAAUUCUGGCUUAUUUCGGCUCCUGGGGAGAAAACAUGUCAACAAACGUGGGAGAAAUUGCAUGCGGCAACUACAAAGAGCAAUAAUCUUGCUGUUAGUUCAAAGUUCAACAUUCCUGACUUAAAGGUUGGCACACUGGAUGUCUUGGUUGGUUUGUCGGAUGAACUGGCUAAACUGGAUGCAUUUGUAGAAGGGGUGGUUAAAAAAGUGGCCCAAUAUAUGGCUGACGUAUUGGAGGACAGUAAAGAUAAAGUUCAGGAGAACCUGCUGGCAAAUGGAGUUGACUUGGUUACUUAUAUAACAAGAUUUCAGUGGGACAUGGCUAAAUAUCCCAUCAAGCAGUCUCUGAAAAAUAUUUCUGAAAUAAUUGCCAAGGGAGUGACUCAGAUCGACAAUGACCUGAAAUCUCGAGCAUCUGCAUAUAAUAACCUGAAAGGGAAUCUUCAGAAUUUGGAACGAAAGAAUGCAGGAAGUUUGCUAACUCGAAGUCUCGCAGAAAUUGUGAAGAAGGAUGACUUUGUUCUUGAUUCAGAAUAUCUCGUCACGUUACUAGUUGUAGUUCCCAAGUUAAACCACAACGACUGGAUGAAGCAGUAUGAAACGCUUGCCGAGAUGGUCGUUCCCAGGUCUAGCAAUGUGCUCUCAGAGGACCAAGACAGCUACCUUUGUAACGUCACCUUGUUUAGGAAGGCAGUUGAUGACUUCAGACACAAAGCCAGGGAAAACAAAUUCAUUGUUCGUGAUUUCCAGUAUAAUGAAGAGGAGAUGAAAGCAGAUAAAGAAGAAAUGAACAGGCUUUCUACUGACAAGAAGAAGCAAUUUGGACCACUUGUGCGGUGGCUGAAAGUGAAUUUCAGUGAAGCAUUUAUUGCGUGGAUUCAUGUGAAAGCAUUGAGGGUUUUUGUAGAGUCUGUUUUAAGGUAUGGCUUGCCAGUGAACUUCCAAGCAAUGCUACUUCAGCCCAAUAAGAAAACAAUGAAGAAACUAAGAGAAGUAUUAUAUGAAUUGUAUAAACAUCUAGAUAGCAGUGCGGCAGCAAUCAUUGAUGCGCCUAUGGACAUCCCCGGCUUAAACCUGAGCCAGCAGGAAUACUACCCCUAUGUGUAUUACAAGAUCGACUGCAACUUGCUGGAAUUCAAGUGA